UGAGCCUGACCCUGCCCGCACCUGCCCGGCCGGCGCUGCCCGAGGGCGCCGGAGGCCUCGCAGUCGGGACCCGCGCCCAGGAGGGGACCAUGCCGCGCUCCUUCCUGGUGAGAACGCACUCGGGCCACAGGGUCCCCAACUACGGGCAGCUGGAGAUGCAGAGAGAAGCCAGCGGCGCCUGCUCAGCCUGUGGGGGGCUGGUGGAGUCGCCCCUCCCGCCCGCCGAGGACGCCCCUCGCACGCCUGCUGACUCUCCUGUGCCCUGGCCCUGCACCGCUGCCCUGGCCUGCCUCGCCCUGCCCCGCGGGCUGCACCACCACGGAGCUCCGGAGGCCUCCGGGCCAGACUCGCUGGAGACCGGCAGGGUGGACCCUCGGCCCAGCCGGGCCCCCGGUGUGCCCCUCAAAGACAGCCUGAACCACCUCAACCUGCCCCCUGCGCUGGCGCUGCCCACGCGCUGGCCCCCGAUCCUGGGCCCCGGCGGGGACGGGGCUCCUGGCAGACGGCUCGGGGCGGACGGGGUGGCCCGCGCCCCCGGGGCCCUGGAGUGUGUCCACUGCCGCAGGCCCUACCACACGCUGGCCGGGCUGGCCAGGCACCAGCAGCUGCACUGCCCCCUGCAGGCCGGACGCACCUUCACCUGCAGGUUCUGCGGCAAGCCCUACGGCAGCCUGGGCGCGCUCAAGAUGCACCUGCGCACGCACACGCUGCCAUGCGCCUGCGCAGUGUGCGGCAAGGCCUUCUCCCGGCCCUGGCUGCUGCAGGGCCACCUCCGCACCCACACGGGUGAGAAGCCCUACGCCUGCUCUCAGUGUAGCAGGGCCUUCGCCGACCGCUCCAACCUGCGCGCCCACCUGCAGACACACUCGGACACCAAGAGGUACCGCUGCCGCGGCUGCGCCAAGGCCUUCUCCCGCAUGUCCCUCCUGACCCGGCACGAGGAGGCCGGCUGCCGCGCCGGGCCCUGAGCCGCACAGGCCCACCUUGUGCUGUGAGUGACGGGGACAGCCUUGGAGCACAGAACGACAGCCUGUGGCCAGGUCCCUCCCUCUGAGCCCUGCGGCCGCGGUAAACCUCAUGCCUGAUACCGUGGGACACAGCCCUGCCUGGCCUGCGGAGCCACAGCCCUGACGCAGGAGGGACUCGCUGAGCCCAGAACCACCCGGCAAGCAGGGUCCCGCUUCCCUCCCUGCGGGGCCCUCGCCGACCUCGCACCUUCUGCCCCCGUCCGCUCCUGGAAGCCACGGGCAGCCCUGGUCCAGAUGGCCCAGUACAGGCCCUGAGCUCACCCCACAGAGGACCCGGGGCCGCUGCAGACUCCAGACCUUUGAGAAGCAAAGCCAGAGGCGGGGGCUCCCACCUGCUGGUUCACAGCCUAAAAGCCUGCCACGCUCAGGGCUGGCUACAGCUGAAGCUGGGAGCCGGAACCUCAACCCCGGCCUCUCACGCGGGUGGGGGGAGCCCAGGUAUGGAGGCCUCACCCCUGUCUGCCACCGCCUUCAGCCCCAGGCCCUGUGCUGUGGGACGCGAGGGUCCUGGCCCCUGGAGCAGACUGCCCCCUGCAUCCACGCGCCCACUGGACCUCUCGACAGAGACCCCGGCGCUGGGCAGAGACGAAGGGGCUGCUGCCCCUGUGUAGGGACCACGGGCGGGGGGGGGUACUGGUCCAGGACAAGCAGCCUCCCCUCCCCCUAGCUCUGGGCCCACCGUCUCCUGGUGGGCACGGGUGGUGAGUUAGGGAGGCUCCCGGUGACCACAGAGCACACAGGGCGAGGCAGGGCGGCCAGCCUGGCCUGGGGCCGUGUGUCCACAGCACGGGUCAGAAGCCGAGGUUGUGUCAGGAAAACUCAGCUCAGGCAGCACCGGCCCCGAGAGCUGGAGGCGGGCAGGACCCAGACACGCACGGGCUGGAGAUCGGGUGAGCCCGGCGCCUCACGCAAGACAGCAGCCAUCACAUCACGGAGGAACACGCCGUGCGGCACACACAGCCGUCUGCGCUCUCGGAGACCGGGCCAAGGCCACUACCUGCGGCACUGGCGUCCCAUAUGGGCGCCAGAGAGAUCUGUCUUCCACCUGCUGGUUCAUCUCCCCGGACGGCCCCAACAGCCAGGGCUGGGCCACACUGAAGCCAGGAGCUCCUGUCCGGUCCCCCACGUGGGCGCAGGGGCCCGAGCACCUGGGCCAUCUUCCACUGCUUUCCCAGGGAGCUGGACCGGAAGUGGAGCAGCCGGACUCGAACCUGCACCCAUGUGGGGGCCGGCGCUGCGGGCGGUGGCUUAGCCGUCCGUGCCAGUGCAGCGGCCCAGAUCUCGGGGCUGGCGAGAGAGCAGGUGCCGUGCCGGGAGCAUGCCGGACGCUGCUGAGCGUCCACUUCACAGGCCAAAGCGCAAAUGCCGUGCUGUGGGCAUUUUACCACGAGAAAGGGCGCAGAAAGCUGUUCUCUGACCUGGAAACGCCACGCCUCGGAUCCCAGCGCCUGACGCCGCCCCCCACCCACCCCCGCGGUCUGAUGCUCUCCCUCCACCAAGCCGCAGGACACACAAGGCCAAGAGCAGAGGCUUGGCACAGCAGGCGGUGGGGGGCGUGGUCAGUCAAGGCCGUGGGGAGGAGGCGUGGCCGGGCAGGCCUUGGGGAGGGGGCGUGUGAACUCAGGGCCACACAGAAAUUGCCGGGGAGUCGGGCAGAAAGAGGGACAGGCGAGGGCCAUGGGGAGCGGCCUGGGGUGAUGUCCGCGUAGACAGCAGCCCACCCCCUGGUACCGCGGGCCCAGGCUCCGCAGAGGGGCUGAGCCGGAAGGCGGGGCCCAGGGAGGCACUUGCUCCGGCUGCUUCUCCCCCUCUGCGGGGCUGGAGCCCCUUCCCCCGCUGCUGUGGACCUGCCGCCCACCACAGCCCCCUCCCGAGGGGUCCCUUGGGCCAGGCUGCCCAGCCCCUCCAGGCCGGCUGUCAGAUGCUGUCAGAUGCCCCGGCUCCCUGGGUGUUUGCUCUGUGAGGACCACCUGGGUGGACCCCCAUGCGGGGGGAGUGGGAGCGGGAGUCAGCCGCCCUCCGCCUGGUACAGCCUCGGGGCUCGGGGACAGCACGCUGGCGCCCCCUGGCGGCCCGGCCGCCCCACCUGGACCUCCCCCACCCCGCAGGACCGCAGCGCCCAGUGCCGCCUCCGUGGUCUCCAAGACCCCCGACCCCGGCCCACGCCAGAACUCUUCCCUCGCAGGCCUCGUGGCUCGCACAGAGCCUGACAGGACCCCGAGAGCUCCCGCCGGGGUGGGGCCCAGUCCCGCGCCUCUACUGUCAGCACCGCGGGGAGCCCCAGGGACACCGGGGGCCUCCGUCUGCGCGCGUGGGCGCUGGGAGUCCAGGGUCUCGGCACGCGGCGCGGUGCCUGAUGAGUGUCCCUCGCUCCCUCGAGAGCCAGAGAGGCCCCGUGCCCAGGUCCACU